AUGACCAGCAAGCAGUACACGAAGGAGGAGGUCGCGAAGCACAACAAGAAGGGCGACUUGUGGAUCGUCAUCGACGGCCGGGUAUUCGACCUGUCCCGGUUCGCCGCUAUGCACCCCGGGGGGCUGAGCGUCCUCCUCGACGAGGAAGUCGCCGGGCAGGACGCGACUGAAGCCUUCUUCGGGCUCCACCGGCAAGAGAUCCUCCUCCGCCCGCAGUACGCGCGCCUCCAAAUCGGCACCGUCGUCGGAGAGACGCCCCAAAUUGUCGCGCGAGCGCCGGGCGAACUGAGCAGCGUGCCCUACGCGGAGCCGACGUGGCUUACGAAAGGGUACCAUUCGCCCUACUUCGGCGACAAGCAUCGCGCGUUCCAGGCGGCCGUGCGGAAGCUGCUCGAGGAGGUUGUCCUCCCCGACGCGCUGGCCCGGGAGGAGGACGGAAAGCCGGUGUCGCAGGCUGUGUGGGACAAGCUUGCCGAGGCGAAUAUCAUGGCCAUGCGCUUUGGGGCCGGGCCCCAUUUGCAGGGCAGGACCUUGCUUGGCGGUAUCAUCAAGCCUGAGGAGAUGACCACACUCUAUAGUUUAAUCUUGAAUCAAGAAUUCGCCCGCUUCAAUGCUCGUGGCUACGCAGACGGCGGAAACGGCAGUCUCAUCGGCCUCCCGCCCAUCCUCAAGUACGGCAAGCCCGCGUUGCGCGACAAGAUCAUGAACGAGUUCUUUGACGGGAAGAAGUUCGUCUCCCUCGCGAUCUCGGAGGCGUUUGCCGGGUCGGACGUCUCCGGUAUGAAGACAUUUGCUAAGAAAACGGACGCGGGCUGGUUGGUCACCGGCACCAAGAAAUGGAUUACCGGCGGCAUGGUCGCGUCCUACUUUACUGUCGGGUGUCGGUCGGAGAAGGGAAUGGUCGUGCUUGUUAUCGAGCGCGGCCCGGGUGUCGAGACAAAACCCAUAAAAACCGCCUACAGCUCGGCGGCGGGAACGGCCUUUGUCACGUUUGACAAUGUGCUGGUGCCUUUCGAGAACCAGCUCGGCCAGGACGGCAAGGGGCUGCAUGUUAUCUUAGCCAACUUCAAUGACGAGCGAUGGGGCAUGACCGCUGCGGCGAUCGCCUCCCACCGGGUGGUGGUCGAAGAAUGCCUGAAAUGGGCAACGCAGCGCAAGGUCUUCGGGAAGCCCCUCGUCUCGCAGGCAGUCAUCCGCUCCAAGCUCGCCGCGAUGAUCUCAAGGGUCGAGAGCGCACAAGCCUGGAUUGAAAAUAUCACGUACCAGAUGGCCAACAUGAACCAUCAAGAACAAGCGAUAUUGCUCGCUGGCCAAAUUGCGCUCCUCAAAAGCUACGCGACCAAAACCGCACAGGAGACCGCCGAAGAUGCGGUCCAGAUCUUUGGUGGUCGUGGCAUCACCCGCACCGGUAUGGGCAGACACAUCGAACACUAUCACCGGACGGUGGUAUUUGACGCUAUCCUUGGCGGAACGGAGGAUGUCUUGGAAGACCUAGGUGUCCGGCAGGCGCUAAGGGCGAUGCCAAAGAAUGCGCGCUUGUGA